AUCUCUUCCAUCCAAAAAAUCUUCAAAGUUGUUUCCUUUCCAUCACUCUCCUCCGAAAACUUUAAGAUGUUUCUCCCGCAAUCAAGCCACGGAGGAAUUCGAAAGGCUUUUCUCCAAUCUGAACCAGGCAACGAUGAAAAGAGAACCAGGCAGUUUAACCAGUGCUAUCUUUUUGGUGGCUGGAACCACAGUAGGCGCUGGUAUACUAGCAAUUCCUGCUGUCACACAAGAAGCUGGCUUUCUGGCCUCUGCAAUAACAUGCAUCCUUUGCUGGAUUUAUAUGGUUGUGACAGGAUUAUUGAUUGCUGAGGUAAAUAUGAACACAAUGUGCGAGCUUGGUUCUGGAGGGGUAUCACUGGUUUCAAUGGCCAUGCGGACUCUUGGAAGAGUUGGAGUUCAAGUUGCUUGCUGGUCAUACUUAUUUAUACACUACGCACUCCUUGUGGCAUAUAUAGCUCGAUCUUCAGAUAUCUUGACAAAUUCCUUUGGCAUUCCAUUAUGGGAGAGUGCCACCUUAUUUUCGUUAAUUUUCGGAGGUGUCUGCUACUAUGGAAGUCAGCGGGUCAUCGGAGCAAUUAAUGGGUUUUUGGUUUUCGGCAUCAUCAUUUCAUUUGCAGCCCUCGUGGGAGUAGCAAGCGGUGACCUGCAAUGGAAUUCUCUUCUUCGGGCUAAUGUUGAGGCCGUUCCACGAAGUGUUCCUAUAAUUGCUCUGUCGUUUGUCUAUCAGAACGUAGUUCCAGUUCUUUGCACAAAUCUUGAGGGAAACCUAUCAAAAGUCAGGUCUGCUAUUGUCUUCGGGACAGCUGUUCCCCUUGCUUUGUUCAUUAUCUGGGAUGCUGUAAUACUUGGCGUUCUUCCAAAUUUUGAGAUGAACACUGCAAAUAUCAUUGACCCCCUCGAGCAGCUGCGGUCAAAUAAUGGGAUGGUUGGGCCAAUUGUGGAGGUGUUCUCAUUUCUUGCCAUAGCCACAUCUUAUAUCGGAUUUGUUCUGGGGCUUACAGACUUCAUUGCUGACUUGCUUAAGCUACCAGCUGGGCAGAACAAGCCGUUGCCAUACUUGCUGACUUUGUUGCCACCUCUCAUUUUAUCAUUGCUUGAUCCAGAAAUAUUUUUCAAAGCCUUGGACUUCGCAGGGACUUAUGGAGUUCUUGUGCUAUUUGGUGUUCUUCCUGGUGCCAUGUCUUGGUCAGAGAGGUACUCAAGUUCCUCAGCUUCCUCAAUGGUUCCACCAUUGGUUCCUGGAGGGAAAAUUACACUCACCAUUGUCAUUGGUUUCGCCAUGAUUAUUAUAUUUUGGGAGUUGCUUGAGAAUGUUGUGCACCUGUAAUAAUAGUCAGUAUCGUGGAGAAGAAGGGGCAUAUUAUGUUGUCAGAUAUUUAUGCAAAGUUUUGUAUGAAAGUAUGAUCUUCUUCCUUAUGGAUGCUCUUACAGUAUAGUCUCAAAGUGUUCUCUGCAAGUAACUUACUUAAACAUUAUAUACGUAACAAAGGAAACAAUUAUUGCAAGUUGUUUGAUA